AUCCAUCUUUGGAAUUUAUUUGUCCACAGACAGGGCUGGCCCACAGUCCAUUGCCUGCCAGGGGCCAAGAGCUGCUCUGACCACCCAAGGAUUCUCCUUCUCAAUCCAAAUGCCUCCAACUAACCCCUGGACUCCUGACCUCUGGGCCCAAGCUGCCUUGCCCUACCCUUCCUAAGGGACCAGGAAACCCCUAGAAGCUCCACUGUAGACGUGGGCGUUGACGCUGGUCUCACCUCAAGAGCAAAGGCUGUGCAAGGCGCUCAGUGAUUCUCAGCCCCUAGCCUGGCCCACCAUGGCACAGCGGCUCCAGGAUGAGCUGUCUGCUUUCUUCUUUGAGUAUGACACUCCCCGAAUGGUGCUCGUGCGUAACAAGAAGGUGGGCGUCGUCUUCCGCCUGAUCCAGUUCGUGGUUCUGGUCUACGUCAUCGGGUGGGUGUUUGUCUACGAGAAAGGCUAUCAGACCUCAAGUGGCCUCAUCAGCAGCGUGUCUGUGAAACUCAAGGGUCUGGCCGUGACACAGCUCCCAGGCCUGGGCCCCCAAGUCUGGGAUGUAGCUGACUACGUCUUCCCAGCCCAGGGGGACAGCUCCUUUGUGAUCAUGACGAAUUUCAUUGCAACCCGGCAGGUUCAAGGCUACUGUGCAGAGCACCCAGAAGGGGGCAUAUGCACAAAUGACACUGGCUGCACCCCAGGGAAGGCAGAAAGGAAGGCCCAAGGUAUCCGCACAGGCAAGUGUGUGGCCUUCAACGACACUGUGCAGACAUGUGAGAUCUUUGGCUGGUGUCCCGUGGAGGUGGACGACAACGUCCCACGCCCUGCCCUUCUCCAAGAAGCCGAGAACUUCACUCUCUUCAUCAAGAACAGCAUCAGCUUUCCACGCUUCAAGGUCAACAGGCGCAACCUGGUGGAAGAGGUGGAUGCGGCCUACAUGAGGACCUGCCUCUAUCACAAGGCCUUGCACCCACUGUGCCCCGUCUUCAAGCUUGGCUAUGUGGUACAAGAGUCAGGACAGAAUUUUAGCACCCUGGCUGAAAAGGGCGGCGUGGUAGGCAUCACCAUUGACUGGAACUGUGACCUGGACUGGCAGGUACAGCACUGCAAGCCCAUCUACGAGUUCCACGGACUGUAUGAGGAGAAAAACCUGUCUCCAGGCUUCAAUUUCAGAACACUGGACCUGAAACUGUUCUCCAUCACUCAUUUCUGCAACCUCACCCUUUCCCAAGGUUUGCCAGGGCACUUCGUGGAAAACGGGACCAACCACCGGCACCUCUUCAAGGUGUUUGGGAUUCGCUUUGACAUUCUCGUGGAUGGCAAGGUGAGUGUCCGGUUUGACAUCAUCCCCACAAUGACGACCAUCGGCUCUGGGAUUGGCAUCUUUGGAGUGGCCACGGUUCUCUGUGACCUGCUGCUGCUCCACAUCCUGCCCAAGAGGCACUACUACAAGCAGAAGAAGUUCAAGUAUGCGGAGGACAUGGGGGCCGGGGGGCGGGGAGCAUGACCCCGCGCCACCAGCUCCACCCUGGGCCUGCAGGACAACAUGAAGACAUCCUGACCCUCGGCCCCUGACUCCUAACCGGACACAGCAUGACACUUCAGGCGGGGGCCCUGGUGGGGUCCCAGCCAGGACACAGAGGUCUCCUCAGGAGCUCUCCAACCUCUUAGCCAGGCAGACACUAGUUGCCUGCGGCUCAGCGUGGACACUGGGAGAGACCUGUGCAGUUCUGGGCUCUGGCCCCAACUCCACAACCUCCAAGGGAGCUUCACCCAGCCUCAGCCACUCCUGGUCUAGAGCAGCUGGGGCUGGGCAAGGCUCCUCUCACACUCCUGUGUCAGAGAAGUGUGCUUCUCUCUCUGGGCCCUCACGCUACCCCACUGCCUCACGUCUCUAGAUCCAUGCUUUCCCAUAUGGCAGACACUAGCCAUGAUGACAAUUUAAAUUUAUAUUAACUUAAAUUGAAUAAAAUACAAAAUUCAGUUCCUAAAACUAGCCACAAUCACAACUGCUAAAUAGACACAUGGUCUAGCGGCUGCCAUAUUGAACCACGUAGAAUAUUGCAGAAAGUUCCAUUGACAGCUCUGCGUAAGCCCCAUUUCUUACUGGCCCCAGAUUUUCCUAGGGAGCUUAUCGACAGUGCAGGCACCUGGGGCCACCUCAGACCUCCUCAACCGAAUCUGUAGGGCUGGCCACAGAUCUGUAGGAUGGAAAACUCCAGACCAUUUUCAGGAUAUAAGUUCAAGAACUGCCUCUGAUUAGGUAUCAGAUUCAGCCUGGGCCUGCAUGGCCUCGCAGAUGCAGGUACUGAGCAGGUGUGCGGUGUGUUUAUAAGCCACGUGGUGUCUCACGUACACACCCCCAUACACACACUCAUCCACGUGCACACCCCCUUCCCACCCACACUCUGUUUUUGAACAGCUAGAGCCCUGCAAACACAACCAUCUAAACGUACCUAUGCCCCUCGAGUACAGACACAUGGUCCAUGCCACAGCACCUCCAUGGGGAUAUGCUUCUCCCCAAGUGUGUCAGGCUGAGACCGUCCCCUUCUAGCCAUGAAUCCUUACUCAGCUACCUCGGGUUGGGGUGGAGACCUGGCCAAAUCCUGGGCUUCCUACUCCUGUCCCAGCCUCAGCGCCUAAGGCCUGCCCAGUUCUGUUUGAACACAACGUCUGGGGAAAGUGAGGGGCGGAGUACAAUAAAAGGAAUGAGGACAAAC